CUCGCCCGGCAUUGGUUGGACGCGGGAUAGGAAGUCACAACGGCUUCAGGAGCUAGCUGUGCGUCUUGCCCAGUGUGGUCUUGCGGUGACCUAGUGUCUGCAGUGGUGCUUCGUAUCAAAAAGCGAUCAAUUAGUGUGAAAAAAAAAAAAAAUUAAAAACUCAUUUGAAAUCGAGUGUUGAUGGUGAUUGUUAGAAGACAGUGAGUGAAGUGUCAGCAUUGGCCAUCAGCAAAAACUGAUAAGUGUCCAAAGUGACUGGAAAGUGUCACCGGUGAAAAACACAAAAAGAAAACACUUAAAAUCGAGUGCCAAGUUUGACCAAUUUUCAGAAGGCUGGAAAUUAAGAUUCAAGAGGAAACUCCGGUGUCCUGAUCUCUGAGUCUCAGUAUAUGCGCCCCGAACACCUGAAGUUCCACAAACUCAGCAACUCUAUCUACAUCCGGGACCUGUCCUGUGUCUCUUGUUUUAAGUACAGAUAUAAGCGUUCUACUGAAGACAUGGAGCCGUGAUUGGUUAGCGAGAGAUUUCGGUCUUUUGAAGGUUCUCUUUCUUCAAGGUUAAGAAAGCUUUAGAAUCGUCCUUGCUUGAGUCUGGCCUUGAAAAUCUAGAUCAAGUCUCGAGAAGCGGAGACAGAUACUAGAGAUAAGAAGCAAGAAAAGUACGCCUCGCUGCGACUCAAGGCGAUCUGAAGAAAAAUUAUAAGGUUGAUUUCAAGAAGCCCUUUUAUCUAGCCUCCAAAAGUCGUUGGAUGGCCAAAGGGCAGAAAGAGGCCAGCGUGAUCACCCGGAGCAUGGCCCAGGUCUCCAUUUCACCCAAGCCCGAUCUUUGUGAACAAGAGGCCAUGGAUGUGGACGUCUCAAGGCCCACCGAAGGAGAGAUUCCAGGGGAUGUUAAGGUGAAAGAGGAGGUUGAAAGGAAGCAAGAGGAAAAGGAGGCGGUAGAGGAACCUGGGCCUUCUUCUCCCGUUUCGUCUCCUCCUCGAGGUAAGAGGAAGAGCUGCAUGUCCCCGGCUAGAAGUCCUUCCAAGAUUCUUCCUUCUGCAUCGUCGUCCCUGUCGUCCUCCUCAACCACCAGCUCCUCCCCAGCCUCCCCGUCCUCCUGUACUAACUCUUCCUCCUCCUCCUCCUCCACCCUCACCCCCUCUUCCCCUCUGUGUUUCUCUUCCUCCUCCUCUCCUCCACCUUCGUCUUCCUUCCCCCUUGGACUGAAGCGAAGUCUCAGCGAAAACCACUCAGAGAGCGCUUCGUCAAGGCGGAUGGCUCUCCCCGCUUCCUCUCCCCCGAAGAAGAGUUCGAUGACGCCUUCGGUCGCUCGCCCUUUCCCCUCCCUCUCCCGCUCGACCUCCCUCUCACCCCCGAACUCUUCCUCCGCCUUCAGGCACCAGGCCUUCCGAACACCUCCUCGAGACGCUCAUUCCACGUUCGUCACGCCCUCCGCGACAGACGAGCAACCGCAGGACCUGUCUCGUCCUCGGAAGGUCUCCCUCGCCUCGCCCGGGUAUCCUCCAGAGCUCCAGUUGGACCUCAUGAGCAGGAGGAGGAGGGGUCCCUCCGAGACUGCCAGGGGAGUCAAGAGGGAGGCCGACGACAGCAUUGCCUUCAGGAGUCUCCCGGCCUUCAACAGCGGCAAAAUUGCAGAUGUUCUCCAGCAUCAAAUUAUGGUUGCUGAGACGGUGAAGUACCCGGUGAACUACCCGGCCCUCAUCCCGCUGUCGCCAUCCGUGGCGGGCCUCGGCUACAACACGUGCUCGUCCUCGCUGCUGCACGCGGCCAACUACUCGCCCAGCCACAUCAUGGACGCCAAGGCCUCUUCACAGCUGCAACAGCCUCAGCAGCAACAACAACAGCAGGCGGCCCAGCAGCAGGCUCAGCAGCAGGCGCAGCCGUCGCAGGGCCUGCAGGGUGGGCAGGACACACCCGUAGGCUUGGGCGCCCCCGGCCUGAGCAUUCCCUCCACGCUGGAACUCGCCGCGCAGCUCCGCAAGAAGGAUAUCUUCACGCAGCGCAAGCAGCGCGAGUUCAUCCCCGAGAACAAGAAGGACGAGUCGUACUGGGACCGGCGGCGCCGCAACAACGAGGCGGCCAAGCGGUCCCGCGAGAAGAGGCGCUUCAACGACAUGAUCCUCGAGCAGCGCGUCGUUGAGCUCUCCAAAGAGAACCACGUGCUCAAGGCUCAGCUCAACGCCAUCAAGGACAAGUACGGCAUCCUGGGCGAGACGCUCAUCAACAUGGACCAAGUGAUCGCCAACAUGCCACAGACGGAGCAGAUCCUCAACAAGCGGACCAAGUUCUCGCAGGCGCUCAUCACCCUGGGCAGCCCCCCCUCCGUCACGUCGCUCCUCAGCCCCAGCGGCAGCUGCGCCUCCAGCCCCCCGCCCCCCAAUGCCCACUUCCAGGACCCAGAGUCUCCCUCGCAGUACUCCCACUACGCCCCGCCCGUCCAGAUGGACGACCACGAGAGCCCCUACGACGCGCCCUCGCAGCAGUACCCACCGACGUCCGCGAGCGACCUCUACCACAGCCAGAACGCCCUUAACCUCUCCGCCCGCACGUCCACGUCGUCGUCGUCGCACUCGCCGUCGUCCCACAUGGACUACUCGCCCAGCGACGUCGAGCUGUCGCGUCGCUCGCCCAUCAGCGAGGCCGGCUCGUCGCUGCCACACAAGCUUCGCCACAAGAGCCACCUAGGCGACAAGGACGCCGCGCAGUCGCUGCUGGCGCUGCACGGCAUCAAGACGGAGCCGCACGACGCCCACCACGAGGCCGCCGAGGACUCCGUCGGCUCCUCGGACGAGCGCGACUCUGGCAUCAGCUACUCCUCCUCCUCGCCGUGCUCCGACUACCACCGGACGUCGGACACCAGCUCCUCGCCCAUCUCCAACAGCAGAACACAGCCGAGCCUGCCCAUGCAGCACUACCAGCAGCAGCAACAGCACCAUCACCACCACUCCCACCACCACCACCAGCAGCACCCACAGCAGCAGCAGUCGUCCCCCCCACAGCAGCAGCAGCAGCAGCACGGGGACGCCGAAGACAGCCUGGAGUACGAGAACACACACCUCAGAUCCGAGCUGGAGCGGCUGGCGAGCGAGGUGGCGACCCUCAAGUACAUGUUCGUGCGCAGACCGCGCUCCGAGACGGACUCGGACGGGUCUCGCUGAGGACGCGGCCGCGGCGGACACCUUCUCCCCUCCGGUGUGUGAGUGCGUGCAAAAGUGAGUGUGGCUGUGAAAUGGGCGUGCGAAACCGCGCCCAUGUGACGUGGGCGGCCCGUGACGAGUGUGAUAUUCACACGACGACGGACGAACUUAAUGCCCGUGACUCGAGAGCGCCCGAAAAGGCUCCUCUCGACUAUUUUAUUCUGACUACUUUUAAUUAUUCAUAAUAUUAUUAUUAUUGUAUACGUCAAGCAGAUUGUACCUAUGUAUUUUCUCUGAACAUAUACAGACUGUAAAUACUUUUGUGCCAUUAGAAAUUAUAUGUUUUGUGAUCCUCUUG